ACAAAAACCAUGGCAAGGGAAUAUGUACAAAACAUUCUUCAACAGAUGUAUGUUGGGGCACCAUACUCUUGUGAUAUCAGCUAUAUGAACCAUUUCUUGGGGCCUGAGCAUUAAUACCCAAUCAGGUGGGAAUGUCAUGCCUGGCAAUAUGUGGAGACUUGAUGAAGAAAUUGUCUUGCAGAGUACUUCAGCUGAUACUUCAACCCAGCAGCAGCAAUCUGCAGUGACAGAAUUAUGUGAAUAUGCUGCAAAUGUUGAUAUUCCCAUUGCAAGAGAGUCAAUUCGAGCUGUUGGGAAAAUAGCUCUGCAGCAGUAUGAUGUGAAUGCUAUUGUAGACAGACUGCUUCAGUUUCUGGAGAUGGAAAAGGACUAUGUGACAGCUGAAACUCUGGUGCUUGUAAAAGAUCUUCUCAGGAAAUAUCCUCAAUGGAGCCACGAUUGUAUUGCAGUUGUUGGGAAUAUCAGCAGCAAAAAUGUUCAAGAACCAAAAGCCAAGGCAGCUCUUAUUUGGAUGUUGGGAGAGUAUUGUCAAGACAUGCAGGAUGCUCCUUAUGUCUUGGAAAGUCUAAUUGACAGCUGGGAUGAUGAGCAUUCUGCUGAGGGAUGGCCAGAUUGGUAUAACCAGAUACUUUGCACGGUUUGGACAAAGUUAGUAUGUGCAUCAUCCAGGUAAAGGCAGGGAUGGAACUUUUCAUACCAAACAGCGAGGGAUUUUAUGGGUUUUGGAUCUUAGUUGCAUGAAGCAGAGGCGGGGGCACUUAGAAGAGUCUAAUGUUGGGAGCAUCUAGGAGAACAUUUAUGUAUUUUAUAUAUAAAUAUAUUGUAAGAUAUAUUUUUGUUCCUUGGUUGUAAGUUUUAUGUUAAAUUUCUACUUUGCGCCAUAAUGGCAAAGCCAUGUGGCAAUGCAAAAGUAGAUGGUCAAUAAAUACUCUCUUCAUGCUUCCUACAUAAGAUGUCUCUG